AUGUCUUACGGUGGAUACAGCAACGGUCCUAGCCGCGGUGGCUACGGCGGCGGCGCUCCUCGCGGCGGCCCCAGCAGCUACGGUGGCGGAGGUGGCGGCUACGGCGGUGGCUCUUACGGCGGCGGUUCCUCCUCGUACGGCGGUGGAGGAUACGGCGGCGGCUACGGCGGUGGCUACGGCGGUGGCUUUGGCGGCGGAGACCGCAUGAGCAACCUCGGUGCCAACCUCGGUGCUGUCGACUGGAACAGCGUCGACCUCGUCAACUUCGAGAAGAACUUUUACAUCGAAGACCCGCGCGUCGCUGGCCGCUCCGACCGCGAGGUGCAGGACUACCGCGCCUCCAAGCAGAUGACCAUCCAGGGUCAGAACGUCCCUAAGCCCGUCACCUCGUUCGACGAGGCCGGCUUCCCGGACUACAUCCUUUCCGAAAUCAAGAAGAUGGGCUUUGCUGAGCCUUCGGCUAUCCAGUCGCAGGCCUGGCCCAUGGCGCUCAGCGGUCGCGACCUGGUCGCCAUCGCCGAGACCGGUUCCGGUAAGACCAUCGGCUUUGCCCUCCCCGCCAUGGUCCACAUCAACGCCCAGCCCCUCCUCAAGCCCGGCGAUGGUCCCAUCGCCCUCAUCCUGGCUCCCACCCGUGAGCUCGCCAACCAGAUCCAGGUCGAGUGCAACCGCUUCGGUGGCUCGAGCCGCCUGCGCACUUGCGCCGUCUACGGUGGUGUGCCCAAGGGCCCCCAGACCCGCGACCUGCAGCGUGGUGCCGAGAUUGUCAUCGCCACCCCUGGUCGUCUGAUCGACAUGGUCGACGCCGGCAAGACCAACCUCCGCCGCGUCACCUACCUCGUCAUGGACGAGGCCGACCGCAUGCUCGACAUGGGUUUCGAGCCCCAGAUCCGCAAGAUUCUCCAGCAGAUCCGCCCCGACCGUCAGACGCUCAUGUUCUCGGCCACCUGGCCCAAGGAGGUGCAGCGUCUUGCCGGCGACUUCCUCAACGACUUUGCCCAGGUCAACAUUGGCUCCACCGAGCUCGCCGCCAACCACAACGUCAAGCAGAUCAUCGAGGUCUGCUCCGAGUUUGAGAAGAAGGGCAAGCUCAUCGGCCACCUCGAGACCAUCUCGCAGGAGAACGGCAAGGUUAUCAUCUUCACCAGCACCAAGCGCGUCGCCGACGACCUCACCAAGUACCUCCGCCAGGACGGCUGGCCUGCGCUUGCCAUCCACGGUGACAAGCAGCAGCAGGAGCGUGACUGGGUGCUGGCCGAGUUCAAGUCGGGUCGUAGCCCGAUCAUGGUCGCUACCGCUGUGGCGUCCCGAGGUCUCGCCGACGGCAACGCUGGCGAGUUUCAGGCUCGCGUCGCUCCGUUUCAUUUUGUCUGGUUUUCCUCCCUGUCGCACGUAUUCUUCCGCGCGAACGGAUCCAAGCGAUCCGUCCGUCAAAACAGCGCAUCCAAUUCCUCCUCCGCAAGCCAUCAAGAGAAGCCCUUCAUCAACAUUGCACUCGAGUUCAAGGUGAUCGCCACGUCCAACGUUCGCAACCGCUGCUGCGCCAGUGCCUCCCUACUUUGGGGUCUCUGCACUGGCCGCCGCCCAGCUGGACACAAGCAGCACAGUGGACUGCUUCAAGGCAGUAGGAGGGCUUCAGCACGUGUCGUCUUUCUUUACAAUGGUGCUUGCGCACCAGCGCCUGACGUCAAGGACAUUUCUUAUGUCAUCAACUACGACUUCCCCACCAACACGGAGGACUACGUGCACCAGAUCGGCCGUACCGGACGUGCCGGCCGCACGGGUACCGCUUACACCUUCUUCACGCCCGAGAACUCCAAGUCGGCGCGCGAGCUGGUUGGCAUUCUGCGUGAGGCCAAGCAGGAGAUCCCGCGUGAGAUCGAGGAGAUGGGCCGCUUCGGCGGUGGAGGAGGCGCCCGUGGCUUCCGAGGCCGUGGUCGUGGCCGUGGCCGCGGUGGCUACGGCGGCGGAGGACGCACGGGUGCCAACUCGUUCGCUGUCGGCAACUCCCGAUGGUAG